CCCUGCCUUUGUGACCUCCUGCAAAAGUGUUUGGCUAGGAGAAGACAUAGAGUUAUGAGUGCCAGCAGCAAGAGAGAGUAUUUCAGUCUCAAAGAGACCGAGAGAGAUGUACAGCAGUUUAGGAAAGGGCUGGACCCGUUCACUAACAAACUCCCGUUGAAUUCAAUGGAUAUAAUCAAAGUCGUUGUUAACACGUUAUGGCUCUUGCCACUACGUUUAUUGUUCAUAGCCAUCAUAGUAUGCAUAGGAUUGAUCAUAUCUGCUGUUGCUGCAGUCGCUGAUCCAACCAGACCUCUCCAAGGAUGGAGAAAGUUUUUGAUUCACAGGAUUGGCGUCUUUUUUAAUCGUGUGCUUAUAUUUGGGAUUGGGUUUCAUUGCAUUAGGACGAUAGGGAGACCAGCUCCAUCUUCAGAGGCACCAAUACGAGUGGUGGCUCCUCAUUCAUCUUUCUUUGACCUCCUGCUGUGCUGUCUGGACUGCGUUCCUACCAUUGUUGCUAGGGCCGAUACUAGAAACAUACCCAUAUUUGGACGUCUCACUGAUCAAACUCUAAAGACAAUAUUUGUGUCACGUAUGGACAGCCAGUCGAGACAGGACUGCUAUAACGAGAUAAUAAGUAGAGUGAACUCCCCAUACGAUUGGCCACCAGUACUAAUAUACCCUGAAGGUACUACAACAAAUCGAAAGUGUUUAUUGAGAUUCAAACAUGGUGCAUUCAAGCCACAGGUUGCUGUCCAACCAAUAAUAAUAAGAUACAAGAACAAGCUAAACACUAUGGUUUGGACUGAAAAUGGAGUAGGACCACUAAUGUCAUUGUAUCUGACUGUAUGUCAGUUUGAUAACAGUGUAGAAAUUGAAUACCUGCCAGUCUAUCAUCCUUCAGAAGAGGAGAAAGACAAUCCAACAUUGUUUGCUGAACAUGUCCAAUCAUUAAUGGCCCAAUCAUUAGGCAUACCCGCAACACAGCAUUCUCUUGAAGACAUAUUUCUCGGACGUGAAGCACUUUCAGCUCAUCUCCCUUUCUGGUCAGGUGUGAUUGAGUAUGGGGCACUGACGAAACAGCAUAGUGUCACACUUGAUCAAGUAAAGAAGUCAGUAAGAAGAUUUGCUGUUAUUGAUGUAAAUAAAGAUGGUUUCAUCAGUAAAGAAGAUAUAGUCCAGUAUAUGAGGCUAAACAAUGAUAAUAAUGGCCUCAUUGAUGAAAUGUUUGAUGAAAUGAAUCAAGGUAAUAAUAAAACCAUUAUAUUCCGUGAAUAUGUAACUGGCCUGUGCAAUCAAUCCAAAUGCUUACUGGCUAAUGAAGAACUAAUCCACAGCAUAUUCAAUUUAUUGGAUACUGAUAACGAUGGGAUAGUCACUAGGCAGGAUCUAAUAAGUCUCUUAUCUCCUCUCUCUUCCUCCUCCUCAUCUCAAUCUCCUGAUAGAUACCAUGACUCCUUCAUUAGUAUGGAGAGCUAUCAGCCACUAUCUGGUAGCAGAGAACGCAUCAAGAGCUGCUGGUGCUGUGUACAGUCUUCAUGUAAGAGGAGGAGAAGGAGUGAUGAUGGAGAAAAUGGAGAGUGUGAUCUUGUUCAUUUUCUUGAUAUACCAGGAUCGUGGGAUUAUGAUCAAUUCGAAUUGCUAGUGAAAGAUAACCUUGAAUAUUUGAUUUUACUUAACAAAUUGCUCCAACUACAUGUGAAUGAUGAUAAUGAUGCAACUACAGGUAGUCACUCCCCUUCUAUUACAACUGCUGAUGAAAUUGAGCUAUUGUCAUGACAAUAUUAUCAAACCUUUAACCCUGUUUUAUGAAAUUAUUAACAUCCAAAUUGUCUUAAUUAUCUAUUGGUGUAUAUAUAUAUAUAAUGUAUAUCUUGUGUAAAUGGACUAUCAUAAAUCAUAAAAUAAUAUUAAUAAUAAUAAUAAAUAAUUGUUACAUAAA